UGAGUUUCUGUACAUGUACUUUGUAGUGUGUACUCCGUAGUAACUCUUUCAUUCUGCCUGGUAGAAUAAGGUUAUGCAUGAGAAGCUCUUCGUCACCUUCAUCACCAUCAUCACCAUCACCUCUGCUCAAGGGCAACCGAUCUUCUCCGAUAAGCGCUGGUACGGUAAUAUUACGGUACGUGACCAAGUCCGCCUCGAAUCCUCCCAGUUCCGGCCGGCGAUCUGCCAAUCACAGCGCCCCCCUCCACACCUUUUUCCCCCUGCUGCCGCUGCCAAUCUGGGCUGCUCUGCGGCUUUCUUUCUCCAUCCCCCCAUUUUUCCAUCGCUGUCAAUCCUUCUCACACUCUCUUUUUCUUCCUUUUCUCCUCCUCCUCCUUUCCUUUUCCUGUUUCGUACACCACAUUCAUUCUUUUUCUUUUUUUGCUUUUACUCGAUCUGCCUAGUCAUUCCUUUUUCUUUUUUCUUUUUUUAUUUUACACACCCUCCUUCUUUACCGGUUGUUAUAUUUUUCCUUUUUAUAUUAUCUUCCUCUCUGUCCGCGGACUAUACCUUCACUUGUUUCCCUCUUCCCAUCUUCUCUUCAUUCAACUACUUGUCAUUCCCUUCCAAGACUCUUAGGUCUAUUCAAUCUCCCAGAUCCUUCCAAUAAAGUAUCACUUCCUUCUAUCUCUCUUGUCAUCCAUCCUUCCAAUUGUUCGAUGAAAUAGAGCCUUCCCGUCACUGGCUGCCACGACUUGUGCAGCAUUCC